AUGAAGUAGACCUAGCUUCAGUUACAGUUUACAUAACCAACCAAACUUGUUUGACCACGUUCGUUAGAGCUCAACUGGUUGUGAAAGCCGAAGUGCUCUGUUGUCACACUAUGCGACUCACCUUGGGAUUGGCCACAGACUUUUAUUUAGGAUAGGCUUAUUAUUAUUUUCGGGGCAUUUAACAUUCAUGUGUGCGUUCAAAAUGUAUGUCGUCGUACUUUUGUUCCUUUUCGCGACACUUUCGACGGUGGACAGCGUGGAGAAAUGGUCGCUGAAUUACAUCUACACUGCCCUGUCAAAGCCAGUAGAAUUGCCUGGUAUCCAUGAGUUCACUGCCAUGGGUCUGAUGAAUGACAAACAGAUAGAUUGCUAUGACAGUGUGGCAAAGAAGAAGAUUCCCAAACAGGACUGGAUGAGGGAGAAGAUGCCAGCAGACUACUGGGAUAAAGGCACUCAGUCACGCAAGAGCAAGGAGCAGUGGUUCAAAGUCAACAUCAACAUCCUGAUGGAUCGCAUGAGGCACAACAACACUGAUGUCCAUAUCCUUCAGUGGAAACAUGGCUGUGAGAUUGACCGACAGAGUGACGGCACAUUGAAAUUCAUAAAGGGCACAGACCAGUACAGCUACGAUGGUGACGACUUUCUGGCCUUUGAUGAUGCCAAUAUGCAGUGGGUGGCCCCAGUUGUUCAAGCUCAGCCAACUAAGAGGAAGUGGGACGGGGUCCAGAUCCUCAACCAGUACACCAAAGGCUACCUGGAGAAGGAGUGUGUGGACUGGCUUUCCAAAUUCAUGGCAUACGAGGCCAAAGAAUUCAGUAGGGCUGAUUCCCCUCCGAUGGUCUAUGCAUUUGCUAAAAAGGCCAAAACUGCAGGACAUGUCCGACUGACCUGCAUGGCCACAGAUUUCUAUCCCAAAGAUGUGAUUAUGCAAAUGAAGAAGAAUGGUGUUCCAUUGACCGAACAUGAUGGAGUGCAGUCUACAGGAGUCCUACCCAAUAAUGAUGACACCUACCAGAUCAGGAUGAGUGUGCAGAUCCCAGCGGCAGAUAAGGAAACUUAUGAAUGCUCUGUCAACCAUGUAGCUUUGAAGGAGCCAGUUGUGGUAAAAUGGGAUGGGAAAUGCUGCGAUUGUACCCAAGUAACAGGUGUUAUCAUUGGUGCUGUUGUUGUGCUGGUCCUCCUGCUGACCAUGGUUAGCUCCAUGUUGGUUCUUUGGAAGAAAGGCAAAAUAUUUGCUGGUAAAAAAGGAGAUCUACCAGCUACUGGGAUCCAGGCACCUCUAAAUGGCAAUGGAAAUGGAGCAGCCGUUUUGAACAUGCCUGUGAUAAAGGAUGACGCUAUCAGCACUGACUCUGGGACAAAGGAUGGCGCUAGCAGCACUGACUCUGGUCAAGGCAGCAAUGAAUGUCUAGAGAGGGAGGCAUUGCUGGCUAAUGGAGGGACAAAGGAUGGCGCUAGCAGCACUGACUCUGGUCAAGGCAGCAACGAAUGUCUAGAGAGGGAGGCAUUGCUGGCUAAUGGAGGGACAAAGGAUGGCGCUAGCAGCACUGACUCUGGUCAAGGCAGCAACGAACGUCUAGAGAGGGAGGCAAUGCUGGCUAAUGGAGGGACAAAGGAUGGCGCUAGCAGCACUGACUCUGGUCAAGGCAGCAACGAACGUCUAGAGAGGGAGGCAAUGCUGGCUAAUGGAGGGACAAAGGAUGGCGCUAGCAGCACUGACUCUGGUCAAGGCAGCAACGAACGUCUAGAGAGGGAGGCAAUGCUGGCUAAUGGAGUGAUAAAGGAUGACGCUAUCAGCACUGACUCUGGUCAAGGCAGCAACGAAAGUCUAGAGGAGAGGCAAUGCUGACAAGUUGAGCCAUUGAGGAGUGACUGACAACGCAUCUAAAUCUAGCAAACAACAUGUGAUUCUGUUUUGUCAACAAAUACUGUCAAUGUGGAUGUGUACAUUCCCAAGAAUUGACCGUUUUGAUCGGCUUGGAUUUGAAUACUUAUUAAUUAAUGUUUUGAUCUUUCGAAUAUCAUAAUAGAAUUCCUUUUCAACAAAUUGAUUUGUAAACCGCCUAUAUUUGGGCCAUUUUAAUGUAUUGGUAUUGGAACCUUAUUCUAUUUCUAUUGUAGAUUGUUUAUUUUAAACUGGAAACCAAUCAUUUAAAUCGUUGCACACACAUAAACACACAUGCACUGAACUGCUUUUUAAAUAUGUUUUGUUUUCAUUUUUCGGGGAAAGUAUAAAUCACUGCAUUAAUAAAAGACUCCUUUAUGAACCAAUGA